UUAAAACCCAUGUGGGAAUGUCUAAAGAAAAUAAUAAUUUGCGCCUUCUUGGCUCUCCUGUAAACUUAACUUAUAGAAGUAAAAAGAAGGAAGAGAGAAAAAAUACAAGAAAUCGACCGAGAUCCGCUCUUCAAAACUCUACAUCCUUGGACUGUCAGGAAAGAUAUAGAAGACCAUACUCAGCCGACACCAAAGACACCAGUAAAUCAUUCCAUUCAGAACUAUUUUAUGACAAUUCUCCAAUAACUAUUAAAGUUUUGUCACCCACCCAAGAAUUGCUAAACAAUCGCCAGCAGCAGAAUAAUAACAAGGACAUAUGCAGCAAUGCAUCAGAUUUCGGUUCUGAGGAUACAUUUAUGAGCUUGGGCACAAAAAUAAAAGCAAAAGCACAAUCGAGUUCUAAAAAUAAAAACCCAAAAAACUAUUUGAAGUACAGAAAUAUAGCAAGAAGAGGGCGAAAGAUGGAAGCUGACUCUGAAAAUGCUGCGGGAAAUGACUAUGAACUAGACAUAAGGAUAACAGAAAAACUCGUGAGAUCCCCUUCUCCACAAAAUUUAUCUGAUUUUAGAACGUCAUCACCAACCUUUAAAUAUAGAAAUCAUCAACUAAGGUUUUCUUCUCACGAUGAAAGCACAAUUGAAGAGAUCUCUGACUCGUUUAACUUUAAUACAGCAGGAAUAAAAAGAAAAACAGAUUUGCCUUUAACCAAACAAUACCUUUCUCUCGUUGAAGAAGAAGAGAAUCAAGAUUUUGAAAGUCUACCAUCUCAGGAUGAUAAAAAUAGUGCUGCUAUAGAAUCACAAGGUGGAAUGAUAGUAAAGAAAGAUGAAGGAAAUACAGUUAAUACCAAAGAUAGAGAUUAUGAAUUGUUCUAUGAAAAGUUUGAUGAAUUUAAUAGUUGUACGAAUAUAGCAACAGAUGCUUCGUCCAAAGAUUCGGGGUAUCCAGAAAGUGUAAACAAGGAUGAAAAAGGCUUAGCACUGAGUUGUUCCCUACCUAACACUACAAUGUUAAAGAAAUUUGGCGCAAUAGACGACCCGAAACGAACAAAAACGUUUCAGAAAAACGCUAAUGAUAAAAAUGAUUUAGAUAUUGACAAUAAAAAGUUUUCGGAAAUAGUUAAUCAUAGUAGACUUCUGUACAAAGAUUUUUUUCUUAAAAAAGAGGGCCAUAUUGCUAUUCCGCCUAAUAAUUCACCAGAUAAAACUACAAACAAUGUUAUGAACGUAAACGAAAUAUGUAAUGUAACAAACGAAAAUGAGAAUUUGGAGUACCCACCAUACUUAGUCAACAGUUCAACUAAAGCUUAUACGUCUAAAGUUAUCGAAGAUUAUAAAAAGGAAAUAGAAGCCAUUAACAAUUUACAUGAGCUGACACUCAAAGAUAUUAAAACGGAAGCUAUAUCACCAACACCCUUUGAUAUAGAUAACAUGUUUGAGCAAUACUCAAAUAACCUUUCCGACGAAAUAAAAGAAUACAGUCAUUCCCAAGAAAGUUCGAAUUCUAGCGAAACAUCUAAAGAUAAGAAUUGUAAUAAAAAUAAACAAGAUGUGUCUAAAAUUACGACUAAGGAGUUAAUACAGAACUAUUUGAAAAUAAAAGACGAUUUCAAGGGCUACGAAAAGACUCCGAAAAAUUUAAAGAAGUAUGAGAAGAAAUUCAGCAAUGUAACAUCUAAAUAUUUGGAAAGUCGCCCUCAGAAACACUUGAACAAGGAAGCAUCGAAGAUGUCAGAAAAGAACAAUAUAAGAAAUCAAAAGUCUCCUUAUACAGUAUCAACACCUUUGAGCGCAAGACUGGAGGAAUUGCAAAACAACAAAGACGUCGAAUCAUGGAUAUCCUUAGCUGCUCCGUCUCCUAGAAUAAUCGAAGAUGAUAAAAGCAGCGGCGAGUCCUCGGAUAAUAAGCUGAAUUCCGGAGAAGACAAAGUUGAAAUUGAAGCGGUAACAACUGUCACUGAUACCGAAGAAUUGAAACCCAGGGAACCUGCGCCUAAGUCUAAUGUACUAGAUAUUUAUUCGAUGUUGAAAGAAAUUGAUAGCUACGGAGAUAAACCAGUUGUAAUUGAAGAGAAAGUAGCAACACCACAAGAAGAAAAGAAGGAAAAUAGAUGCGCGACCCCCAAGGAUAAUUUUAUGGAAAUAUUUGAAUUUUUGGAGAAGGUUGAACAGAGCGCUACAGAUGCUCUCUCAGUCGUCACCAACACAACGCCACAGAGUAUACCCAAACUGGAGGCGUUACUCAGGUUGCCACAAACGGAGCUCGCUCAACGCCUGGUGACAGCGUCGCUGCAGCUGGAGGAGCGCUCCUGCUGCAUCGCGCUGCUGCAGGAGAGCCUCACCAACCACAAGCAACAGAUGAUCACCAAAGUGAAUAACUUGGAGAAGCAGUCGCACAAAAACGUCGCCAAAGUGAAACAAGAGUGUGAGGAUACCAUCAAGAGACACCAGACCUUUAUUGAUCAACUGAUAAACGACAAGAAGACCCUCAACCAUCGUAUCGAACAGCUGGUGGACGAGCGGCGGACACUGGAAGAGCGGUGGCGGCGAUCGGCACAGGCGCUCGAGGAGCGGUACCGCCUGCAGCUGCGCUCGCAGCACGACAAGAUGGCCGCCGCGCACCAGGUAGCAAGACAGCGCUGGGUGAAGCAGAAAGCUGAAAAGAUUAAGGAAUUAACAAUAAAAGGCCUAGAAGGCGAACUCCGUGAGAUGGCGGAGCGUCAACAAAAGGAAGUGGCGGAUCUCAAGAUGGCGCACGCGGAACAAAAUGGCCGCCUGUGCGCCAAACACGCGCAGGAGUUGGAGGAGUUGCGCCGAACACUGGAGGACGAGAAAGAGACAGCACUAGUUAGAGAGAGACAGCUGGCUAGCUCCAGAAUGGAGAAGCAAAUUCUCGAGUUGGAGUCGUCAUACAGCGAGCAGAGAACGCGCCUUAUUAGCGAGAUGCGCGCCGAAAAUGAACGAGUAGCGGCCGAGCUGGCCGAGCGCGAGCGGCGAGCGAGAGAGGAGAUAGCAAAAUGGAGGGAAGAACAGGAAAAUCUUUUGGAGGACAAACGUAAGAAGUUGGAACAAGAAUUGGCGCAGGGAAAAGAAAAGUUUGAGGAGCAACUCAACAACAAACGUAAGGAACUUGAGAACGAGUUUGAGAUAUACAAACGAGAUUACGAGGCGGAGCAGCGGGUACUACUGAGGAAGAGAGAGACGGAGAUAUCGGCGCAGCACAAGUUGGAGCGAGACAGAGAGAUUGAGAAGGCCAUAGAGAGUCUGGAGGCGGAGGCUCAGGCUGGAAGAAGAGAACUGCAGGAGGCGCUCAGACGGAAUAAGGAGCAAUACGAGACAGAGCUGCGAGAGCUGGGCGAGACGGAGCAGGCGACGCUCAGACGAUAUCAAGACGCUCAGGCGCGGAUACGCCAGACUGAGGAUCGAUGUGCAGAGUUGGAGCUAAAUAUAGGCCAACUGGAGACUAGGAACAGAAUUCUGACUGAGAAAAACAGUCAGCUAGAGUCUCAACUGGCGGAGGUCCGUGCGAGCUGCGAGGAGGCGUGGCGGCAGAAGAUGGCCGCGCGGGACACAGAGAUGGAAGAUAUGAGGAGGACCCACGAGGAACAGAUGCACCAGCUGUAUGCCAAAGUGAAAGUGGCGGUCGCACGCAAGGACUCGGCCAUCCAGGCGCUGACGCGGGAGACAGCCAAGCAGCAGGAGAAGAUCACGCUGCUUGAACAGAAGUUGGCGCAGCAGAGGAAGGAUUUCCUUAAGUCCAAGUAGAGAGAGGCUAGAAGGUAAAUUACUUGGCAGCAUCGAAAUGCAAUACAAAAACUUGACAGGUGUCAAGAGACACACGGAUGGAACCACAGACAUAGA